AUGCUCAAAACUAACUUAAUUCGAGGCUCUAUAGAAUCAAUGACCCUAGCGGAUUCCGUCUCUGACAUUGAUAAAUCGUUCAUCGAAGAAAUGCGUCCGAAGAUGUUGCUCACAUGGCACGAUGUCUCAGUAGCGGACGAAAAAGAGGCUGAAAGCAUUGAAAAAGGAGGACUUUUCCGGUCUUGUUGCACCAAAAAAGUCAGUGAUAUCGAGAGAUUAUCAGUGGAAAAGCGGAUUUUGGAUAAUGUCUUCGGAUUGGCUCGUCCCGGCGAAGUGACGGCUAUCAUCGGACCAAGUGGUGCCGGAAAAACCACACUGCUCAAUGUGCUCACAAAACGAAAUUUAGCGAAUUUGAAGACGAGUGGAAGUGUUAAGGUCCAAAAUAUGUCUGAAAUGGAUCAAAAUGUGUCUAAACGGCUCCGUCUGAAUUGGCGGGAAAUUCAAAUUUUUCAUAUAAUUCAAAGAAUUUAUUGGAAAAAAUGA